GCGGCGGUGAAGGCGUCUGCUAGUGUAAGCCCAGCGCCGAGGUGCCUGAUCUUCCACCAUGGGUGAACCACAGCAAGUCAGUGCUCUUCCACCCCCUCCGAUGCAAUACAUUAAGGAAUAUACAGAUGAAAAUAUUCAGGAAGGCCUCGCUCCCAAGCCACCACCUCCAAUAAAAGAUAGUUAUAUGAUGUUUGGCAAUCAGUUCCAAUGUGAUGAUCUUAUCAUUCGCCCUUUGGAAAGUCAGGGCAUUGAACGGCUUCAUCCUAUGCAGUUUGAUCAUAAGAAAGAACUGAGGAAACUCAAUAUGUCUAUCCUUAUUAAUUUCUUAGACCUCUUAGAUAUCUUGAUAAGGAGUCCUGGGAGUAUAAAACGAGAAGAGAAGCUAGAAGAUCUUAAGCUGCUUUUUGUCCAUGUGCAUCAUCUUAUAAAUGAGUACCGGCCCCACCAAGCAAGAGAGACAUUGAGGGUCAUGAUGGAGGUACAGAAGCGUCAGCGUCUUGAAACGGCUGAGAGGUUUCAGAAGCACUUGGAGAGAGUCAUUGAGAUGAUUCAGAAUUGCUUGGCUUCUUUACCUGAUGAUCUGCCACAUUCAGAAGCAGGAGUCAGAGUAAAAGCAGAACCCAUGGAUGCUGACGACGGCAGCAAUUGCACUGGACAGAAUGAACAACAGAGGGAAACCUCGAGUCAUAGGAGAGAUCAGAUUAUAGAGAAGGACGCUGCCUUAUGUAUUUUAAUUGAUGAAAUGAAUGAGAGACCGUGAAGGAUAUGUCUUUUUAUUUUUUGGUCCUUAUCCUUUCAGUAAACAGCAUUAUAUUUUAGUUUAUUUGCUAGUGGACAGUCUUAAAAGAGGUAUAACUACAAGUCAUGUAGUUAUAUCAAAAAUUGUAUCUUGACUCCAAUUUUGUCAAGUAUGAAAUGUUACUGGCAGUAAUUUCAGCAAGCUUACAUUAAGUACCCUUACAUUAAGAGCCAUCACCUUAAAAAGCAAAAUGUUUGCUGUUAUUGUGUGAGACAUUCAUAUUUUUGGAGCUCCAAUAAAACAAGCUAUCAUCCUUGAAAA